AUGCGCAAUGGCACUUCCCCCUGCGCGCGGGGUGGGGGAGCCGGGGUGCAGUGCGCACGGGCGCACGCGCGGUGGCGCCGCGACUGCCGGUGCGGGGAAGGGAGGAGGUGGCGGCGCAGGCGCGGGGGGGACGCGCGGGCCCGGCCGCUGGUGCCGCCGCUGCCGCCGCGGGAGGAGCAGCAGCAGGAGGAGGCGGCUCCGAGCCGGCGGGGGGCGCCGGGAGAGGCCGGGCGGGCAACGGGGCCCGGUAAGGAAAAUGCGGCGCGGCUGCGGGUCCGUCGGGCCCGGUUGAGGUGUGGGGGGGCGCCGUUAAAGUUUGACAGAGCGGGAGGGGCCCGGGAGCGUCACGGCCGCCCUUGGGCAGCGCGGGCGGGGCGGGGGCGCUCGCGGGGCAGCGCCGGGCCCGGUGACCCACUUUGCCACCGCGGCUGGAGCCCGGCCCGCCUGGCUCCCGGCCACCCCCGGGCCCGGCCGCGCUGCCCCGGGCCGGGAAGGGCGCUCGGAGCCGGCUCGCGCCCUUCCAGGGCUCGUUUGGUCUCCUUCCCCCCCAUCAUUUAUCACUGCGGUGAGUAUGAGCUCGUGGACGAAGAGCUCUCGGCAGCCUCCGGGCCUCUCCCGGCUCCCACGCGUUCUGGACACCGGGGAGACCCUCGCUCCACGCCUGCGGGUGUGAAACGCAGCCACCGAAGGGCUGGGAAUCAUAGGCUUACAGAAUCAUAG